AUGGCUGCAAAAGGUGGCGGUCAAUCGUUGUCACCUCAGCAGCAGCAGCAGGGACAAGGUGCACCCAACAUCAUGGAUAGGUCAAAUGUGAUGACGUCAUUGACGUCGACACCACCCCCGCAAAUUCCCACGCAAGUGCAGCAGGUGAUGACGAAUCCGUGGACUACAACGAGCACAUCACUGAGCGAUCAAACUACAGACCAACAGCAUCAAACUACAACUGCGGAUCCGAUCCUUGCCGAACGAUUAGCGCAGAUGCGGGUAGGGCGAUUACAACAUUCGAUGUCGCAACCAGCUGGUGUGGCUCCUAUGGGUAUGUCGGAACAGCAGGUGUUAUCAGACGAUUGGUAUUAUAUCGAUCCGAAAAACGAUACUCAAGGGCCUUUCCAGUCUGCUCUUAUGGAGGCUUGGUUCAAUUCGGGCUAUUUCACGAGUGAUCUGAGGAUCCGACGUGGCACCGAUCCAAAUUCCGGAUUCAUAACGUUGGGUGAUUUGCUGCGUAUAAACGGAUCGAUAUCACCGUUCAAGCGGAGUCCGCCAAAUAGCGCUGCAAUAGGUGGUGGUGCUGGGCCGCAGCUUCAUAUCGCGGCACCGCCUCCGCAGGGUCUUGCCACGAACCAGGUUGGAGCGACUACGGUAUCAAUGCCGAUGACACAAGCCAGCGCCUUACAACAGCAACAACAACAACAACAGCAGCAGCAGCAUGCAAUGCAGGCGAGCCAGCAGAUGGGGUGGGUUUAG